CGUACCUUCCCUCGUUUGUUCUGUGUUCAGCACCCAGAUUCCGUAACCCACGGUCACUGUAGCAUUACUCUGUCACCCACAUUCACAUAUAAAACUCCGCCUCUCUCCCUCUCGCUCUCUCUCAUUUGUCAGUGCUCAGCUUCCUCGUCUUCUCUCCGUUCCCUUCCUAUCAAAACCUCGAACUCCAUUUCCAUGGCUCUCCGAGCUCUCUUCCCCAGAAGAUUAACGAGGCCAGGGCUCCUCGGCGCCGGAAUCGCCCAGUCUCGCGGCUUGCAGACCUUCUCUCUCCCGGACCUUCCGUACGACUAUGGCGCUCUGGAGCCCGCCAUUAGCGGCGAGAUCAUGCAGCUCCAUCACCAGAAGCACCACCAGGCUUACGUCACCAACUACAACAAGGCUCUCGAGCAGCUCCACGACGCCAUUGCCAAGGGCGACGCCUCUGCCGUCGCUAAAUUGCAGAGCGCCAUCAAGUUCAACGGUGGAGGCCAUAUCAACCAUUCAAUUUUUUGGAAGAACCUUGCUCCUAUCAGUGAAGGAGGUGGUGAGCCCCCAAAGGGUUCUCUAGGAUGGGCGAUUGAUAUGAACUUUGGUUCUUUAGAAUCAUUGGUGCAAAAAAUUAACACAGAAGGCGCUGCUUUGCAGGGCUCGGGAUGGGUGUGGCUUGCUUUGGACAAAGAAUUGAAGAAACUCGUGGUUGAAACCACUGCAAAUCAGGACCCACUUGUGAUUAAAGGAGCCAGCGUAGUUCCAUUGCUUGGUAUUGAUGUUUGGGAGCAUGCAUAUUAUUUACAGUACAAGAAUGUAAGGCCAGAUUAUCUAAAGAACAUAUGGAAAGUCAUCAAUUGGAAAUAUGCCAGUGACGUGUACGAAAAGAACACCCCCCUCGAGUAAGAGUGACUUGGCUUUGCAGCUUGAUAGGCCGGCCAAAUGAUUGAAUAAUUUGAAACCGUGAUGGUCGAAACUUUGAGGGGCUCAUUUGUUUUUGCUGUUUGGUUACUGAUGUAUAUCAUGUAAUGAAACUCAUAAUACAAACUGUUGUUGACAUUCUGUUGCUUCCAACAUGUGGUGACUCCAUUUGGCUUGUUUCCAUACACCACUUGGAGUAAAUUUUAUGGCAUUUUCUGGUACUUCUCAUGGCUAUACAGGGAGUUUCUAUCUCUACGUACUGGCUGAAAUAAAGGUUAAAUAAAGUGUAAA